AUGGAAGCCCGAGUCGGAAUCGCUGUCUUCGUCCUCAAUGCAGAGGGGAAAUUCAUCCUCGGCAAACGCAAGGGAAGCCACGGUGCCAAUACAUGGGGCCUCCCCGGCGGCCACCUCGAGUUCGGCGAGUCCUUCGAGACAUGCGGCGAGCGCGAACUCCUCGAAGAGACGGGGCUGAAGGUGCAGAAUUUGCAAUUCCUCACGGCCAAUAACAAUGUCUUCAGGGAUGUGACGCCCAACAAGCACUACGUCACGAUCUUCAUGGGUGGUGUAUGUGAGGAAGGAGCUGAGCCGCAGAUCAUGGAGCCUGAGAAAUGCACCGCUUGGGACUGGGUUUCGUGGGAUGAGAUGGUGGCCGAUGCGAAGAUUAUGGUGAGCGGCGAGGGAACGCCCUCGAAGGAACUGUUCCUGCCUUUGGUGGAGUUGCUGCUGCAGCGACCGGCAUUUAGUAUUUCGCGGGAGUUGGUCGAAAACUAG